AUGAGACAUACACGGAGAAGAGGAAGUGUGUAUCCUACAGCAUCAGAACAAUUACCUCCUCCUCCUCCUCCUCCACCACCACCACCACCACCACCGCAACCCGUUCAACUACACCCAAAUACCAGAACCAUCGCUACAUAUCCCACCCGCCACACACCUCACUACUCGGCUUCUUCAACCACCGCCACCCUCACAACACUCAUAGACCAGCAUCUAGCCUGGCAGACCCACCAGCAAGCGCAAGCCGAAUACUGGCGUGGCCAGGAUAGUCGCGGGACGCUAUUUGUAGAUUGGGAUGGUCAUGGCGAGGCGGUGGUAUCCUGGAGGCGGGAAGAUGCAUAUACAGCUGUAAAUGCAAAAGUAUCGAGAGCAAGGGAAAUGGAAAUGGAAAGGGAAAUGGAAAUGGAAGAGGGUGUGGGCGUAACGAGGAGUGUACUUACAGCACAACAACAACAACAGCCCAGCGUGUCUGACAAAAAGAAAUGGCAACGCAGAAAUGCUAUCUGCAUGCCGGAUGCAAAUCUCAUAUAUCAAGGGACGAAAAUGCGCGAGAUACCCUUCGGAGAGGUGCUGGGAGGAGCUGGGAUCCAAGCGAGGUCUACUACUGACACGAUAGGUCGGGGAAAAGAAGAAAAAGUGUAUCAGGACACCAUACGUGAGAUGGAGAGGGAUGCGAGGAUACAUAGCAGCACCAGGCCCCCUCACCCACAUCAAACUCAGAAAAAAACAAUACCGAAACCAUCUCACAAGACCAAGGAGAAAGACAGCAGAACGUACACCACCUCCAGACGCCCUUGUUCCUCCAACCCACACACCAAACCUAACCCCAAGUCUCCGACCAGAAUCCCCCAGCUCAUCUAUCUCACAAACACUUACACUAACAGCUCACUCACCACCCCAAAACGCAUCAAUACAGCUCCCUUGCUCACUCCAUCCCCCCCGUCUUACUACCCCCUCGCCACACUAAAUACACACCGGAAACACAGUCGCAGUGUAUCUGAAGGCAGUCCCUUGGCACAGAUACAGGCUCCGUAUAGCCGCGAGCUGGAUCGUAGGUUCAAUACGAGCUUUGAGAUUGUGCCGUUGGGGCUGGGGAGAGAGGGAGGGAGUUUCUUAGUGGGGCGUAGUUGGGAGAAUGGUGGUGGUUGUGGUAGUGGUAGUGGUAGUGGUAGGGAGAAGAUGCAGCUGAGGACGAGAAAGAAUAUAAGUAGGCUCGUUGGUAGGGCUAAGGGGCGCUUGGAGGUGUUGGGAGAAGAAGUGAAGAGGAAGGGGAGGGUGUGGGUGUGGUAG